AAAUACAACAGGCCCUUUUAACAAACUAGCUCCCGUGAUUCAUUCUGUUGCUUUAAUGGCUGCCUACGUUUCGUACUUGUUCUUGCUCUGCUGCUUUUUCUUCGCUACCACGUCAUCAUCGAACUCGACCUCUAGGCCGAAGCAGAAGUGGGUAGGGCCCUGCGGCCAUCGUAAUAUCACCGUUGACGUCAAUGGUUCCGGUGACUACACGACGGUUCAAGAAGCUGUCGACUCCGUAUCAUCAAAUAACCGGAAGAAUAUCCUCAUUCAUAUCUCAGCCGGUGUUUACGUAGAGAAGGUGGUGGUUCCGGAGAGUAAACCAUACAUAACUUUUCAAGGGGAGGGUAGGGAGACGACGGUGAUAGAAUGGCAUGACAGGGCAAGUGACCGUGGGGCAGACGGGCAGCAACUGCGUACUUACCAAACAGCUUCGGUCAUCGUCUACGCUAACUAUUUCUCUGCCCGUAAUAUAAGUUUCAAGAACACGGCACCGGCUCCAAUGCCCGGCAUGCAUGGGUGGCAAGCGGUGGCGUUUCGAAUAUCCGGUGACAAAGCAUAUUUCUCCGGUUGUGGAUUUUACGGGGCACAGGACACUUUAUGCGACGACGCUGGUCGUCAUUAUUUCAAGGAGUGUUACAUCGAAGGCUCCAUAGACUUCAUUUUCGGCAAUGGUCGCUCCAUGUACAAAGACUGCGAGCUACAUUCGAUAGCAAAGAGAUUUGGAUCGAUAGCUGCACAUGAUAGAAGAACACCGGAUGAUAAAAGCGGUUUUGCUUUUGUGGGGUGUAAUGUGACGGGUACAGGACCAUUGUACGUGGGUCGAGCCAUGGGUCAAUACUCUCGGAUCGUUUACUCAUACACACAUUUCGAUGACAUAGUUGCCCACGGUGGCUGGGACGAUUGGGACCAUAAAAGCAACAAAAGCAAGACUGCGUUUUUCGGAGUGUACAGAUGCUGGGGCCCUGGGUCUGCAGCAGUCCGUGGAGUAUCGUGGGCCCGCGAGUUGAAUUACGAUUCUGCCCAUAGGUUUCUUGUGAAGAGCUUUGUCAACGGAAGACAUUGGAUUGCCCCAUCGGAUGCCUAGUAGAUUCUAUUCUAUUCUAUUCUAUUCUAUAUUUUUUUCUAUUCUUUCAUUUAUUCACUUUUUACUUCUAUCAAGUAUGUAUUGUAUAUUUAUAAGUUAUAUAUACAACAACAAAAUCGAUAACCUCCGUUAAUGUUAUAUAUAUAUAUUUUUUCUAUUUUCA